GACUCAAGUUGCUCUUGGAGAGCGUGAAGAUAAUCCAUUUCGGUUGUGUAGAGGAUCAGACAGUCACAUAAAUGCAGUAUCUAAACGUAAAAGAAGACUGCAAAGCCAUGGCUUUCUGUGCAAAAAUGAGGAGCACGAAGAAGAGCGAAGUAAACGUGGAAGCUCAGCAUCAGGGUUUGGAAAUACUCUUGUACCUGCAAGAUAAAGCUCCCAUUUGUUACACCAGUGGCGAGUUUACCUCGGAGGAGCUGUGCAUUGAAGCUGCCCAGAAGUGCUCUAUAUCCCCUCUGUGCCAUAAUCUCUUUGCUCUGUAUGACGAGAACAAAAGACUCUGGUAUGCACCAAACCAGGUCUUUAAGAUAGAUGAAAAAACGUCACACCGGCUCCAUUAUCGCAUGAGAUACUACUUUACAAACUGGCACGGGACUAGUGAAAACGAACCCUCGGUGUGGAGGCAUUCCCCAAGGAGGGCAAAGAACGCUUACGAGAAGCAGCUGGCACCAGAAGGAACCCCGAUACUUGAUGCAAACUCCUUAGAAUACAUCUUUGCACAGGGUCAGUAUGACUUAGUGAAAGGCCUGGCGCCGAUCCGUGAUCCGAAAAACGAUCAAGAGGUUCAUGAAAUUGAGAAUGAAUGUCUGGGGAUGGCUGUCCUUGCAAUCUCUCACUAUGCCAUCAAUAAAAACGUGAAGCUUCCGGAGCUUCCCAAAGAUAUCAGUUAUAAGCAUUAUAUUCCUGAAACUUUGAACAAGACUAUCAGACAGAGGAAUUUCUUAACAAGGAUCCGGAUAAAUAAUGUUUUCAAGCAUUUCCUUAAAGAGUUUAAUAACAAAACCAUUGGUGACAAUAGUGUGUCUCCGCGUGAUCUGAAAGUGAAAUACUUGUCGACGAUGGAGACCUUGACGAAACAUUACGGAGCAGAAAUUUUUGAGACUUCAUUUUUGCUGAUUUCAUCUGAGAAUGAAAUAAAUAGAUGUAAUUGUGGAGAAAACGAGAUCCUCCCACUCUAUGAAGUCAUCGUAACAGGGAACAACGGAAUUCAGUGGAGGCUCAAGCCAAAUUCUGUACAGACAGAGAAAGAGAAGAAGAAAAAAUGUGAUGGCAAAACCAAAAAAGAUGAAGAAAAACACAAAAUUCGAGACGUAUGGAACAAUUUUUCCUAUUUUCCUGAAAUCACCCACAUUGUCAUCAAGGAGUCAACAGUUAGCAUUAACAAGCAGGAUAACAAAAGGAUGGAGUUAAAACUGUCCUCGCAUGAUGAGGCCCUGUCGUUUGCAUCGUUGAUAGACGGGUACUUCAGACUUACAGCAGAUGCCCACCAUUACCUCUGCACGGAUGUGGCUCCCCCGCUGAUCGAGCACAACAUAAAAAAUGGAUGCCAUGGACCCAUUUGCACGGACUACGCCAUCAACAAAAUGAUAAAUAAUUCAAUCCAGUACAAGAACUUCCAGAUUGAGGUGAAGAAAGGCGGGUACUUCCUACAUGGUUCGAACAAGCCCUUCUCAUCCUUGAAAGAGCUGAUGGAUCACCUCAAAGGACAAAUACUUCGGACAGACAACAUAAGCUUUACACUGAAGAGGUGCUGCCAGCCAAAACCAAGAGAAAUCUCCAACUUGCUAGUUGCAACCAAGAAGGCGCAGGAAUGGCAGCCUGUUAAUCACCUAGGGCAGCUGAGUUUCCAUCGAAUCCUCAAGGAAGAAAUCAUACAGGGGGAACAUCUUGGAAGAGGGACGAGAACGCAGAUUUACUCCGGGAUUCUCAACUACAAAGAUGAUGAGAAUGAAGGAUAUCAAAAUGAAAAAGAGAUUAAAGUCCUCCUCAAAGUCUUGGACCCCAGCCACAGAGACAUUUCUUUGGCGUUCUUUGAAACGGCAAGCAUGAUGAGGCAGGUGUCCCACAAGCACAUCGUCCUUCUCCACGGAGUCUGCGUCCGUGACGUCGAAAAUAUCAUGGUCGAAGAGUUUGUUGAAUUUGGGCCUCUGGAUCUGUUUAUGCAUCGGAAAAGUGAAGUUCUGACAACUCUUUGGAAAUUCAAAGUUGCCAAGCAACUUGCAAGUGCCCUAAGCUACUUGGAGGAUAAGGAUUUGGUACAUGGAAACGUGUGUACUAAAAACAUCCUGCUGGCAAGAGAGGGCAUUGACACGGAAUAUGGUCCUUUCAUAAAGCUGAGCGACCCGGGCAUACCCAUAACUGUGCUGUCCAGACAAGAAUGUGUCGAGCGAAUCCCCUGGAUCGCCCCCGAAUGUGUUGAAGACUCCAAAAAUUUGAGCGUUGCAGCAGAUAAGUGGAGUUUUGGUACAACACUGUGGGAAAUCUGCUAUAACGGAGAAAUACCGCUCAAAGACAAGACGUUAGCAGAGAAGGAGCGGUUCUACGAGGGGCAUUUUGUGUUGGCGACACCGUCGUGCAAGGAGCUGGCCGACCUGAUGAAACAGUGCAUGAACUACGACCCCCACCAGAGACCCUUCUUCCGAGCCAUCAUGAGGGACAUCAACAAGCUGGAGGAACAAAAUCCCGAUAUCGUCUCAGAGAAGAAACCCUUCACAGAGGUCGACCCCACGCUCUUUGAAAAACGAUUCUUGAAAAGAAUCCGCGACUUGGGCGAGGGCCACUUUGGCAAGGUUGAACUCUGCAGAUACGACCCCGAAGGCGACAACACAGGGGAGCAAGUGGCCGUUAAAUCUCUAAAGCCAGAGAGUGGAGGGAAUCACAUCGCUGAUCUCAAGAAGGAGAUAGAAAUCUUGAGGAAUCUUUACCAUGAGAACAUUGUCAAAUACAAGGGAAUCUGCACAGAAGAUGGAGGAAGUGGGAUUAAACUCAUCAUGGAAUUCCUUCCCUCUGGGAGCCUAAAGGAGUAUCUUCCCCGGAACAAGAACAAAAUCAAUCUCAAACAGCUGCUCAGAUACGCCGUUCAGAUCUGCAAGGGAAUGGACUAUCUGGGCUCCCGUCAGUACGUGCACCGGGACUUAGCAGCGAGAAACGUCCUUGUUGAAAGCGAGAACAGAGUGAAGAUCGGCGACUUCGGGCUCACCAAGGCAAUCGAGACCGAUAAGGAGUACUACACGGUCAAAGACGACCUCGACAGCCCUGUUUUUUGGUAUGCUCCGGAAUGCCUGCUUCAGAGCAAAUUCUAUAUCGCCUCGGACGUCUGGUCGUUCGGGGUGACGCUGUACGAACUGCUGACCUACUGCGACUCCGAGUCCAGCCCCAUGGCAGAGUUCCUGAAAAUGAUCGGCCCCACGCAGGGACAGAUGACGGUCGCCCGCCUGGUGCGCGUCUUGCAGGAGGAGAAGCGUUUGCCACGUCCACCCGGCUGCCCGGAGGAGGUGGACCAGCUGAUGAGGAAGUGCUGGAUAUUCAAGCACGACGAACGGACAACCUUCCGCAAUCUGAUUCAAGGAUUUGAAACAAUUAUGAGUAAAAUGUAAUUAACUUUUUUUAUACUGGCAGUACUGUAAACGUGUGUCAAAAUAUAAAUGCCCAAGACCUUUCAUUUUUUUUUUUUAACUACUGUAAUUUGUACUCUGACUGUGCUGAUGUGCUUAAAGGAGUCUUUUUCCAACA